UUCAAUAAAUUGGUAUCUGAGAUUCUGAAGUGCAAUAUAGAGGCGUCUUCCUCACUCGUAUGCACGUUUGAGGCCUUUGAAGGUGGGAGAGAGUGUGCAACGGUGAAAAAAAGACUGAAAGUUUUCACCUUUGUCUCUGGGUUCGUCGCACUGUCCAGUCUCUACUUGGAAAUAAAAUAUAAAAAGAAAAAGAAAAAACCGUUUUGUUGGUGAAGUCGGUGAGCUAAGUGAGUGUAGAGAAUCAAUAGAAUGUCUGUGAAGAGUAGAGGAAUGGGUGGAGGAGAGUUAGCUAAGAAUGUUAUGCCUCGGAAAUGGGUUCUUUUGCUGUGCUUAGGCAGCUUCUGUGCUGGAAUGCUCUUCACCGACAGGAUGUGGACGGUGCCUGAGACUAAAGAUAUGGCAAGGACAUCAAGACUUGAAGAUGCCCAAAUAAACAUAAAAUCUGAGGAUGGUGAUCCACAAUUUAACGUUAUACAUCGAAGCAGCAAUGACAGUAUAGGGAAACUGGACAAGACAAUUCCAAAAUUGGAGCUGAAAUCGACAGCUGCUAGGGCAGCACAUGGAUCUGCAAGGGAUGGCUUUUCCAUAUCAGGAAGCUUGAAAAAUAUUGAAACAAAUAUGAAAAGAAAAUACUUUAUGGUUAUAGGAAUCAACACAGCUUUUAGUAGCCGCAAACGAAGAGAUUCUGUUCGUGCUACUUGGAUGCCACAAGGUGAGAAGAGAAAGAAGUUGGAGGAAGAGAAGGGCAUAGUGAUACGCUUUGUCAUAGGUCACAGUUCGACCUCUGGUGGUAUCCUUGAUAAAGCAAUCAAAGCAGAGGAGAUGUUGCAUGCCGACUUCUUGCAGCUGGACCAUGUAGAGGGCUACAUGGAAUUAUCAGCCAAGACAAAGACUUAUUUUUCAACUGCUGUUGCCUUGUGGGAUGCAGAAUUUUACAUUAAAGUUGAUGAUGAUGUACAUGUAAAUUUAGCUACCCUUGGAACGAUUCUAGCUAGACACCGUAUAAAACCUCGAGUUUAUAUUGGCUGCAUGAAGUCUGGUCCUGUUCUUGCUCGGAAGGGAGUGAGAUACCAUGAACCAGAGUAUUGGAAAUUUGGCGGGGUGGGAAACCGCUAUUUCCGUCAUGCGACAGGACAAUUAUAUGGUAUUUCAAAAGAUUUGGCUACGUAUAUAUCAAUAAACCAGAAUGUACUGCACAAAUAUGCCAACGAAGAUGUUGCAUUAGGAUCUUGGUUAAUUGGUUUAGAUGUGGAGCAUGUGGACGAUAGGAGACUUUGUUGUGGAACACCUCCAGACUGUGAGUGGAAGGCACAGGCCGGAAACAUCUGUGCUGCUUCAUUUGAUUGGAAGUGCAGUGGGAUUUGCAAGCCUGUUGAAAGAAUCUCAGACAUUCACCAGCGGUGUGGUGAGGAUGAGAGUGCUCUGUUGACUGCAAGCUUCUGAGAGACAGGCAGCUGUUCCUCCAAACUCAGGAAGGAUUUACAUAUACAUGAAGAGAAAAUCAUAUAAAUGGUCAUUAUAUAUCCUAGACAAUUUCUUCAUAUUUUGUUAAGUAUAGACUACAGUGGAAGUUUUCACUACCAGCAUAAGAGAUCACAAUUAAGGAGAAGAGAGGUCUUGCUGCUGACGAGCCUGCAAUUUAGUAGAGGAAGUCAACCUCUAUAGCGGCAAGAGAGAAUGAACAGAAUUACAAUCUAUAUUCUUUAUAUGGUGGGAGGGCUUUAUUCUUUGUUUUCUGCCAUGCAUCACCAUUGAGCUCAAUAAUGUGGUAAUAAUCUUUGUGAACAACUUUUGCUUCAUAUAUAAUAUAAUUUUUGUUAAUGUCUAGC